AUGAACUAAUAUAAAUUGUUAUCAAAGAAAGGAGAGGGUACAUUUUCAGAAGUACUUAAAGCGCAGUCUCUUAAAGAGGGCAAGUUUGUAGCGAUUAAAUGCAUGAAAAAUCACUUUAAUUCAAUUGAAUAAGUUUAAAGAUUAAAGGAGAUAUAAGCUUUGAGAAAGGUUUCGCCUCAUCCUCACAUUAUUAAACUAAUAGAGGUUCUUUAUGAUGAACCUACAGGACGUUUGGCACUUGUGUUUGAAUUGAUGGAUCAGAACCUAUAUGAAGCAAUUAGAGGGAAAAAACAAUAUUUAAAUUAAUAGAAGGUCAAAUUUUACAUGUAUCAACUUCUGAAGGCUAUAGAUCAUAUGCACAAAAAGGGAAUCUUUCACAGAGAUAUAAAACCAGAAAAUAUUUUACUCUUGGGUGAUCACGUUAAAUUAGCUGAUUUUGGUAGCUGCAAAGGUAUUUAUUCAGAGCAUCCUUACACAGAAUAUAUUUCAACUAGAUGGUAUCGUGCGCCAGAGUGUUUGUUAACAGAUGGUUAUUAUUCUAGUAAAAUGGAUCUUUGGGGAGUUGGCUGUGUUAUGUUUGAGGUAAUGAGUUUAUUCCCACUUUUCCCUGGUAAUGAUGAGUUAGAUUAAGCCCAUAAAAUUCAUAAUGUGUUGGGAACACCUAAUCCAAAAAUUUUGGAGCAGUUUUAAAAACACGCCACCCAUAUGGAACUAAAUUUUCCUCCUAAAAAAGGAACUGGUAUUGAAAAAUUAGCUCCACACAUUCCCAAAGACUGUGUAGACUUAAUUUAUAAGCUAUUAUGUUAUGAUCCUGAAGAGCGUAUUAAUGCUGAAUAAGCUCUUUAACAUCCAUAUUUCCGUGAUCUUUAUCAGAUGGAUUAAGAAAACUAAUUACUUUUGUAGAGCACUAUUACUUCAAAGACUAAACUCUCUCCAAGUAAUAAUAGCAAUAUGUAUAAUCGUACAUUACCUGAAAACUAAUUGAAUUUAAAUUAAAGUACAAACAAUAACACUAACAAUAACCACACUAACUCAACUACAAGAUUAGAAGUAUCUCCUUAGCACAAUGAUCCUUAGUAUUAAUCUAAAAAUUUAAAUACUAUGAAAAUAUACUCCUAAAUUAGUGGCUAAGGUGGAUAAAAUAAUUCUUCCAAUAGUAAUUUAAAUACAACAACAAAAUAUAAUCCUUAUAGAGAAAGCGCUGAAAAUGUAUUCUAUCCUGUACUGACUAUCAAAAAGGCUACAAACCCAUACCAUAAGAAGAAGGGAUAACAAGCAGCUUCAAUGAAGAAAACUUAACACUAAUAAUAUCCCUCUUUUAAUUUGAAUUUGAAAAUUGAAAGUAAUUAUAAGGAUUCAGGAACUGACGAAGAUGCUGAUAACAACAAUAGAAGCAAGCCUUAAUUCUUACCUCCUAUUAAAAACUAAAUGAAUCCCAACCAUAUGAUGUAAAUGGAAACAAAAGUCAAUAUGAUGAAAGGGUAGAAUUCAGUCAAAUAAAAACCAAAUAAUCAAUAUCCUCCUUAUAAGCAGAAAAAAUCAAAAAAAUUCAAUGAAGAAUAUUUAGUCCUUGGUAAAAAGCCAGUUUUUAAUAAGUAAUGA